AUGACACCCGAUUCGAUUUUGAAUGGCGAUUUCAGCGAGAAACGAUGGGUGGAUCAAAUCAGCAAGAAUUUCGAUAACGAGGUUUGCAAUGAGGUUCCGGUUUGCGUGUUUAGUGUUCCAGAAUCCAUAAGCCAUUUCAAGCCUGAGGCUUAUGUACCUCUGGUUAUAGCACUGGGACCUUAUCACCAUUUCCAGACUCAUCUCUACCAAAUGGAAAGGUAUAAGGUUGCAGCUAUUAAAGCACUUCUGAACCUGGAUCAAGUCUUAUCCUUUGAGUCCUUGGUGAUUCAUAGACUCAAAGAGAAAGACCCCAUGAUUCGUACUUGUUACCACAAGUAUAUGAACCUUGAUGACGACACACUGGCUUGGAUUAUUGCCAUUGACGGCUUGUUCUUGCUUGGUCUCUUCAUGCACUAUGGUGAGAUUGCACCCCUGAUGCCUAAAAAGUUGAUAAACAAUGGUGUACUCUAUAGAGAUGUCAUGGUGCUUGAGAACCAGAUUCCACUGUGUUUACUGAAUGAAAUAUGGAAGAGCCUCUUUCUCUCGUCCACUGUUCAUGAUGACAAUGGUGAUCGUCAGUUACUCUCCAUGUUAAAAGAGUUCUGUGAGGUACACUCUCCUCUCAAAUUGGCAUCAGAUUCGAAUCAUGGUGCCGAAACGAACUAUUUGCAUUUGCUUGAUCUUAUGUACCAUUUGAUUAUCAACAAUCAAGCAACUAUAGAACAUGAAGACGUGGAAGAUAUGGCAAAAGAAGAUAACUUAACCGAAAACUCUGAUCGUCCUAUGAAGGUCAUAAAGAACAUACCUUGGGAGAAAAUAUCGAAUUUGCUAGGUCUAAAGAUAUGGGACGAUGACAAAGAAGAAGAUGAUCCAUCUCGCAUCAUGGAAAUCGAAAUACCUUCGGUGUCAUCUCUUAUCAAAUACGGUCGAAUCAACUUCAGCCAUAUGAUCGGAGGGAUUAGGGAAAUUAAGUUUGAGGAAAGUGAAGCCACUUUAUACCUUCCCGUGAUUACUCUUAACGGUUACACAGAAGUCGUGUUGAGAAAUCUGAUUGCUUACGAAAUGGCAACGUCAAGCUCAACACCAGAAUUGGCGCAAUACGUCAACUUAAUGAGCGGCAUUGUUGAUACAGAGGUGGAUGUGAAGUUACUGAGGGCUAAGGGUAUAAUUGAAGGAAAUAUGAAUGACAAAGAAAUUGCGAAUCUCUUCAAUGGGAUGAAUAAGUACAAAGGGCGCACUAACAAGACGAUUGAACAACUCAACGACUAUUACAACAAUAGGCCUGGGAUCAAGGCAUGGCGGUUCAUGAAGAAAGACCUUCUUCGCUCGCAAAAAGUUGCAACAAUUGUUGUGACGGUUUUUAUAUGCUUGUUGAUGAUUCUAUACUCGUUCUGUGAAGUUUAUGGUUGUCCAAGACUCCUCGACCGGACAUAA